AUGGGUGGCUGCUUCUCCAAGCCCAAGCCAGGUGCCUAUGUCCCCACAGUGGAGCUCAAGAUCGAGGUGGUGCUACCCGAGAAGGAGCGGGGCAAGGAGGAGCUAUCGGCCAGUGCGAAGGGCAGCCCCCGGACUUACCAGGGCAAUGGCACAGCCCGCCACUUCCAUGCUGAGGAACGCCUGCCUGCCCCCCACCCCUACCCUGGCGCCCAGGACUACGUGGAGGCUGCUGUCUGCCACAUCAAGGACCUUGAGAAUGGACAGAUGCGGGAGGUGGAGCUGGGCUGGGGGAAGGUGCUGCUGGUGAAGGACAACGGCGAGUUCCACGCCCUGGGCCACAAGUGUCCGCACUAUGGGGCACCCUUGGUGAAAGGCGUUCUGUCCCGUGGCCGGGUGCGCUGCCCUUGGCAUGGCGCCUGCUUCAACAUCAGUACUGGGGACCUGGAGGACUUCCCAGGGCUGGACAGUCUGCACAAGUUCCAGGUGAAGAUUGAGAAGGAGAAGGUGUACGUCCGGGCUAGCAAGCAGGCCCUGCAGCUGCAGCGAAGGACCAAGGUGAUGGCCAAGUGUAUCUCCCCCAGUGUGGGCCACAGUGGCAGCACCAACGUGCUCAUUGUGGGCGCAGGUGCUGCUGGCCUGGUAUGUGCUGAGACGCUGCGGCAGGAGGGCUUUUCGGACCGGAUUGUCCUGUGCACGCUGGACCGGCACCUCCCUUACGACCGGCCCAAGCUCAGCAAGUCCCUGGAUGCACAGCCUGAGCAGCUGGCCCUGAGACCCAAAGAGUUCUUCCGCGCCUAUGGCAUUGAGGUGCUCACCGAGGCUCAGGUGGUCACCGUGGAUGUGAGAAACAAGAAGGUGGUGUUCAAGGAUGGCUUUAAGCUGGAAUACAGCAAGCUGCUGCUGGCACCAGGGAGCAGCCCUAAGACCCUGAGCUGCAAAGGCAAAGAGGUUGAGAACGUGUUCACCAUCCGGACACCCGAGGAUGCCAACCGUGUGGUAAGGCUGGCCCGGGGCCGCAACGCUGUCAUCGUGGGAGCUGGCUUCCUGGGGAUGGAAGUGGCCGCCUACCUGACUGAGAAGGCCCACUCCGUGUCCGUGGUGGAGCUGGAAGAGACCCCCUUCAGGAAGUUCCUGGGGGAACGUGUUGGUCGGGCCCUCAUGAAGAUGUUCGAGAACAAUCGGGUGAAAUUCUACAUGCAGACUGAGGUGUCGGAGCUGCGGGCUCAGGAGGGAAAGCUGAAGGAGGUCGUGCUGAAGAGCAGCAAGGUUGUGCGGGCGGAUGUCUGCGUGGUGGGCAUCGGCGCAGUGCCCGCCACAGGCUUCCUGAGGCAGAGCGGCAUCUGUCUGGACUCCCGAGGCUUCAUCCCUGUCAACAAGAUGAUGCAGACCAGCGUCCCAGGUGUGUUCGCAGCCGGUGACGCUGUCACCUUCCCCCUGGCCUGGAGGAACAACCGCAAAGUGAACAUCCCACACUGGCAGAUGGCACAUGCCCAGGGGCGUGUGGCGGCCCAGAACAUGCUUGCCCAGGAGGCGGAGAUCAGCACGGUGCCCUACCUCUGGACUGCUAUGUUCGGCAAGAGCCUGCGCUACGCGGGUUACGGAGAAGGAUUCGACGAUGUCAUCAUUCAGGGGGACCUGGAGGAGCUGAAGUUUGUGGCUUUUUACACCAAAGGCGACGAGGUGACCGCUGUGGCCAGCAUGAACUACGACCCCAUCGUGUCCAAGGUGGCUGAGGUGCUGGCCUCAGGCCGAACCAUCCGGAAGCGGGAAGUAGAAACUGGCGACAUGUCCUGGCUCACGGGGAAAGGAUCCUGAGCUCACAUGCGGCACACUCGGGCAGGCAGGCUGGGGCACCAGGGUCAGAGGCCAAGUUCCCGGGGCCAG